AUGCCUAAGCACAUCGCCAUCGCCGGUGCUGGUAUUACAGGCCUCGCGUGUGCCUACCUGCUCUUGGAAGCUGGCAACAAAGUCACCAUUGUAGCGCGAAACUUAUAUGGCGACAAGUCUACUGAAUGGGCUAGUCCAUGGGCAGGUGCCCUCCUAGCACCACAUCCUAACACUGGUUUCAAUGAUCUCCAACUGGCAUCAAUCAACUUCUACAGCCAUCUUCUAGAUACGGUCCCGGAAAGUGGAGUAAAGAGGAUUCGCAUAACCGAAUACUACGAUGAUAGACCCCGAACAGCACCUGUGUGGUACAGACCUUAUAUGCAAAACUUCCAGAUGCUCCAAGAAUCUCAACUUCCCCCUGGCGUUACACUAGGCUACUCUUACAAUGGACUCGUCGUCAACCCGAACGACAUCCUCCCCUGGCUAACAAUUCAACUCCGGAAUCGAGGAGUCAAGUUCAUCCAAAAAGCUGUAUCCUCUAUGCAGGAUUUACAAGACCUAACCGCAGCAGAUAUAGUGGUAAACGCCAGCGGUAUAGGCGCACGAGGUCUUGCAAUCGACCCCACCGUCUACGGUAUCCGCGGUCAAACAAUGUUUGUCGACUGCGCAACCUCUGGAAGAUCUUCUCUGCUAGACCAAGCCAUCCUACAUCAAGGCUCUCAUUACACGUAUUGCAUUCCUCGCUCGUCAGAUGGCGGCAUAAUCUUGGGUGGCGUCAGUCAACCGUCCAACACUCAGACUCAGCCAGACAGGAGUUUGCGACCGGACAUUCUUGAACGCGUCAACACGAUGACUAACGGGAAGUUCGACUGGGUUGAUCUAAACAAACAUGGUGAGGAUAUCGUGGGGUUCCGACCUGCGAGAGAAGGCGGCCUGAGGUUGGAGAGAGAGGGUCACGUAGUGCAUGCGUAUGGCGUUGGUGGAUUGGGGUAUCUAUAUGCUUUUGGGGUAGCGGAAAGGGUGAAAGACCUUGUCGAGGAAAGCGUUAAGGCGAAGUUGUGA